GCAUAAGAUCGCAUACAUCCCAUGGGAUGUGUUAAAAAAUUGUCUCUCUGAAAUUUUGUCAAGACCAAGUCUGGGGAUCGGGCUUUCCAGAAAGCUGCACCAUAGCAGCACAGUGGAAUUCUCUCCCGCCAAUUUUACGAAAUAUUACCCAACUUGAGCAAAAAACCCACCUCCUUCGCUUCAGAGAUAAACUCUCUCUCGGAUGAAAUAUACAGCGAAUUGCAUCACGUCACAUGCAUGAUUCAUCGAUCUAUCCUAUAGGCAGGCAUUGCUGUCGUGUAUUCUCGAUUUUCUCCAGAACAAGGACCGCGACCGAUCGCUCUUAAAAGUAUACAACUCUGUUUUAUUCAGAAUGUCGGUACACGAAACUCUGUUGAUCCAUACUCAAGAUGAUAAGUUCUUCAUUGAAGCAAGAGAUCCUGGAACAAAGGAGGUUCUUGUCAUUGAUAGACUCAGCCAGGAGAUCAUUCUUGAAGAAAAUGGAAUCAAUAUCCCACCAGGUGCAAGUAGUAAGCCCAUAUGUGGUAUCAUGGGCAUUAUUAAACUCCUGAGAGGAUCAUAUCUGGUGAUAAUUACCAAAAAGGAGAAAGUUGGUGAGAUAAACGGUCAAGCUAUCUGGAAGAUAUCCGGGACUGAGAGUAUACCGUACAAGAAGACUGAUCUACAUCUAACUGAAGAACAGAAACAAGACAACAAGGUAUAUGAAAGCAUGGUUCAGUAUGCUCUGGAGAACAACACGUAUUAUUUCUCCACAACCUUUGACCUCACUCAUUCGCUACAGAGGUUAUAUAAUACUAGUCCGGAAUUCUUACAGAUGCCUCUUUUUGAGAGGGCUGACCAGAGGUUUGUGUGGAAUGGUCAUAUGCUAAGGGAGUUCACAGCACAACCAGAGCUUGGCAAGUUCAUACUUCCAGUCAUGGUAGGAUUCAUAUCAAUACGAAUAGGGAUCAUCAAUACAAAGAGGUUUGAUUACAUCCUGAUCUCAAGGAGAAGCUGUCUAAGAGCGGGAACGAGGUUUUAUAUGAGGGGGUUAGAUGAACAGGGACAGGCAGCUAACUUUGUAGAGACGGAACAAAUUGUGCAAUUCAACGGUAGCAGAGCCUCCUUCGUCCAGACACGAGGCUCUAUACCGUUAUUUUGGUCCCAGAGACCCAACCUGAAAUACAAACCUGUUCCACAGAUUAGCGAAUCACAGAGUCAUCUUGAUGCAUUUAAGAGGCAUUUUGAUGAUCAGGUGGUGAAUUAUGGCAAUCAGGUCCUCAUUAAUUUGAUCGAUCACAAAGGAGUAGAAGACAGAUUAGAGAAGAUGUUUGCCAAGACUGUCUAUGACUCAGGCAAUCAAAUGAUGAGGUACGAGUCAUUUGAUUUCCACUAUGAGUGUCGGAAGAUGAGAUGGGACAGACUUUCAAUUCUCAUGGAUAAAUUAGCCAAAGAUCAACAGCAAUUUGGGUAUUUCUGGAUGGAUGCAAACAAUGAGCUGCUGAAACACCAGGUUGGGGUAUUCAGGACAAACUGUAUGGAUUGCUUAGAUAGGACUAAUGUUGUACAAAGCAUGCUGGCUAGGAGAGCACUUCAAGAUCAAAUGCAGCAAAUGGGAAUCUUGAAACAGGGCGAAAGUUUGGAUAAUCACUAUAAUUCUGCAUUUGAGUCAACAUUUAAAAACACGUGGGCAGACAAUGCAGAUGCGUGUUCCAAACAGUAUGCCGGUACAGGAGCUCUCAAAACAGACUUCACAAGAACUGGAAAGAGGACAAAACUAGGAUUGAUGAAAGAUGGUCUGAACUCCAUGAUUCGUUACUACAUGAACAACUUUGUAGAUGGUUUUAGACAGGAUUCCACAGACCUGUUGCUAGGCAACUACGUUGUGGAGGAGAAUGAGGGUGUGUCACGUCCAUCUCCAAUAAGAAAGAGCAAGGAUGCCAAGUUCAUGCUGUUACCUGCUAUCGCCAUGGUAGCAUUCUCCAUGCUCCUCAUAAGCAUGCUCAUUCCAUCUGCUGAACUUCAUUUACAGAUUGCGUACAUCCUUUUCUGGUUAGCUGCUACUAUCAUCUGCGUUGGUUUAAUGGGAGUAUUUGGUAUGGAGUUUGUAGAUCAACCUAAGUUAUCUCAAGCAAAAGUUAAGAGUGAUUAAACAAUUCAUCCCUCACUUUCUUUGUCUGCUCUCUCUGUUUCUCUCCACUCCCCAUAUCUCUCCAUACCCUUCUUUUUUACUCUCUUUUCUUUUUCUUUCUUUCGCCCUUUCUCUCUCUCUCUCACUAAUCUUCAAUUUUUUAAACUUUUCUUUUUCUUGUCAAUUUACCUCUAAAUCCUAUUUCUUUAGUUCUUAACAUGCAACAAAAAACUAGAAAAACUGGAAUUUGUGUAUUCUAUGAUGAAAGUCAUUGAUGCCUUUUUGGGGUAUGUUCAGAAUCAAAGUGACGUUUCUUAAUCUUUUCCCUCAUUCUCCCAUUCAUUUGUGCUGUUUAUUUGUUUUGUUUUGUCUUUGUUUUGUCUCCCCCCUCUUUCUGUCCCUCUCUGUUUUCCUGUCUCUCAUUUUCUCCCUUCUUGCCUUCUAUUCCUUGUCCUCCCAACAAUUUCAGGUUUGACAUUUAUGACCAAAUAGUAAAUGCCUUUAAUUUAUCAAAAUGAUUCACUUUCAUGAAAAAAAAAAGCUUUCUCAUUAGUCCAUUAUCCAUGAAAUAAACUUGGUACAGUCAAGAUAGCAGAUUUAUAGGCAAUGUUGACUAAUGGGGCGUUGCAAGAAACUUGCCAUCAAUUGCAAGUCUAUUUUUGUUUCCAAAAUCAAGCAUAUGCCUCUGCAAUUAAUUGCAAAUUUGCGAUUGAUAGCUAAUCUGCUCCAUGAAACAAGGAGUGUUAUCUAAUUUGCUAAAGUUAAAAGUGAUCAGUCAAUUGUAAAAUUGCAACAGAAUAUUUGCUAUUGAUUGCAAAUAUUUUCUUGCAACACCCCCUUAAACUGUAAUUUCUUGUAUUUGGUCCAGGAAGAUGUUUCACACAAUGUAGAAAGCAUGUUAUUCAAUCUUUCUUUCUGGCAAGGCAGCAUAAAAACUAUGAAAUUAAUUCUUGCAUUUCUAGAUAGAAGCUGUGUUGGCAUUGGAAUAGUUUUAGAGGCUAAGUUAAUGAUGAAAAAUUGUCAUAACACAAAAGUUAUAACAUAAUUUGGAUAUAUAUUAGAUGUUUGUAUAGAAGAUUUUUUUAUUAUUAUCGCUGAAUCAUGAAACUUCAAAUGAGGAUCAUUUCUACAGUAAUUUGUAAAGCAUAGUUGUAAGUCAUUUGUCUUUGAGCAGCAAUACCAGUGCUUGCCAUUACAUAUAUGUAUGUGAAUGCAUUGAGAAAUUGCAUUGAUUUUAACUGCAGAAAAUAGAAUGGUUAAUGUUCUUCAGGGUCCUGUAACACAAAGGUUAGCGAUUAAUCGUACGCUUGAUUUUCACAAUUGAUUGUACAUUGUAGUCAAUGAAAUAAAUCGUAGAAAAAUGUUAUACGAUCAUUGCUAAGCUUUGUGUUAUGAGGUCCUGGUCUGUAAAACAGUACAGGGUCACUGUGUGAUAGUCUUGGUAAAUAUGUCAGAUUGUAAUUUCAGGGUGAAAUUCAGACACAUAAAAUGGAAUAAAUUUAAUGUAUUCAUUGUGCAAAUAAUCAUGGGCUUGCAGGCCAGGGUUUUUAGUCAGGGAGUUCGAUCCCUUGUCGUCCAUUCUCUUAUUUCCCUCCCUGUUUUUUUUUCUUGCUUUUGAAAAUUUUAGGGGGUUCGAUUGAACCCUGAACCACCCCAGGCUACAGGCUUGGCUUGAAGGGAAAAUUAAAAAUUGUAUAUGAUCACAGCAGACUUGGAAGAGAAAAUACAUAUUGCAAUGAUUUUUUUUUCAUAAAGAUUAUGGGGGGUAAUUAAUGUUUAAUUUUGAAUAUUUAUUUUUUCAAAAACAAGGUUAUCUUGAAACUAAAUAGGAAAAAUGUUAGAUUAAAUUGAUAUCUCAUAUUUGUUUAUCAUUAGAUGAAUGUUCUUAUGUUCAUUUAAGUCUGAUGUGCUUGCAUUACCAAAGAUGGAUUCAUUCCUAUACUUUAUUUAGUAAAAAGUCAUCAAAAGAGAUUUUAUUAUCUCAUUUUCAUGUGUAGUUUGGUAUAUUAAAACUCAAAUGACUAUAUUCAACAAUCAGGGAAUUCAUACAUUAUUUCAUAUUAAAGCAUUCCUUCUGUCUUCAUGAAAGAACUAUCAACAUAUAGCUGUUUAGAUCAUUCCUAUAAUCUUUAGAUAUGUCAUCUUCGUAUUUUUAGCCAAGAAUAUUAAAACUUUGACGCUUUGCUUAUUAUUUGAGUAUGUUUUUUUUUUUUUUAAUUGCUAUAUUUCAAAUGAAAUUUGAUUGAGCUAUAAGCUUUUCAUUAUUGCCAUCGUUACACUCUUAUCAAUUAAAGAUUCAUGAUAUAAUUUCCUUGCCUUCCUCCAAUGUAUAUCUGUAUUUGUGAUUUGAUAACAAACUAUCACCGUUUGUUCAAUAUAUUCUAAAGACUUGUGUCUCCCUAUUCUCCAUAUACUUUAUUCAGUAUACAUACCAUAUGUGCUGAGAAAUGAUUUUUGUGCUCUUUUUCUUCAUGAAGUGUAAUGAUUUACUUUGGUAGUUUUUGGGACAUUAUAUCGUUACAUUAUUGGAUGUCCUGUGUGUAAACUUGUUUAUGGGCAUCAAGAAUAUAAAACUCUAACAGUAAACAAUACAUAUAAACAAUGUAACAAGAAUCUGUUAGUAACAAAAAACUAAAUAUUUUAAAGUUCCUGUCAAGAAUCAUGUCGCAAAAUUAUGAUUAAGAAGCAUUUGAUAUGUGUGCUUUAGUGUUUUGAUGAUGAAAAAUCAUCUCCUGUUUUAUUUCAAUCUCUGCUUCUGAGAUUUGCAUAUUUGAAUGGAUUUUGCUCUGAAGAGAAUGAAAAUUUAUUCUUGGAAUGUUAUAAUUUCUACAUACAACUUACAAUUCUCACAUUGUUAAAUUGUAAUUUAAAUUCAAUAUAUUUUUAGACAAUAAAGAAUAGCAUUUCAAAUAAUUUGGUCCUCCACACUCAAAUUAUAUUUUAUCAUUUCUGAUUUGUAAUUUAUUACAAGAUCUGUUUGUAGGUGAUUAGUAAGUUACUAAAAUACUUUGACAUUAAUGCACAAUUUUAUUUCUUUAUUUGGAUUUUGACAUGGAUUUUGUUUCAUGUUGCCUUAUUUUUGCAAUGACUCUAUGAUUAUCUGUAAAAUCGCUUCUUGCCUAUUGUCUUGUAGAUAUAAUGCUAUAAAUAAUUAUACAUUUCAAGUUUUAGCAUAAUGUCGCAGUUGUAAAUUUGUGUUUUCUCCUUCUCAUACUUCCUAUUGAGGAAUAAGAUAAAUACUUACUGGUGUACAUUUCAGCAGUGAAGCUAUUGUUCCGGGGGGUAGGGGGUGACCCGACAUCUUGGAUUUCAAGGGUCAGUACCGUAUUUCAGCAAUUUGUCCCGUAUGACCCAUCUCAGGACGCUGUUUUGUCCUGUAUUUCACAAUUUCGAACAUAUUUAUGUGAGAAUAUUGAAGCAUGCCAUUUUUUCUUAAUAUGCACAUUGUCAAAAUUGGAAAAGGGUGAAAUAUGAUAUCGUUUAUUGAAUGGUAUGUCAAAAUCUAUCCAAAAAAAUCGAAGUCUUUUUAAUUUUUUUUUUUGUGUUAUAACUUCUGAAGGUUUCCAUGGCGAGGAAGAAUAGUGUAGAAGGUUUCACGGUACACCAUGUAUCUUUUUUGUUGUUGUUUUUUAAAAGAUAAUUUUACCCUCUAUGGCAUGUUGAGCCCUCUGAAAAUGUUUAGCUAAUGCCACAAUUAUUCUGAUCUUGAAGUGUCCCGUAUUUCGACUCGUCACCAGGGGGGGGGGUCUAUUUUGUCAUCUCCCUACUUGGAUAGAGUGACAUCACUUUUUGUGCAGAUAUUCUUCUACAAAACUUGAAUUGCAUAAUAGAUUUUUUUAGUUUAUGUUAUGGAACAUUGUGUCAAUUUUCUUGUACCCCUGUUAUUCCAUCAAGUAAUGUUUGUAUAUUAUAUUAUUUCAGAUAUUUGUAUUUAAAUAAGUGUUCGGUACUGCAAAAUCAUAAAACAGCUUGAUAAAUUGACAUGUUUAAGCUUUUCGACAUGCAAUUUUACUCUGAGUGCAUGUUGAAAAGCUUUAGUAUGUCCGUUUUUAAGGCUAUGUUUGUAUUUAAUUUUCUUAAAAAGAAAUCACUACUCCUCCGUUCAUAAGAAUGUGGUAUUCUGCUAGAAGUGAAGAGUAUUGUAGAGUGUGACUUUACAAUUGUCCUAGAUUGAAAAUGAAAGAUUAAAUGAUAGAUAUAUAUUUAUCAUUUGUGUUAAGAUGUAUAAUUUUUAUGAUAAUUUAUUCCCAUGGUGUGGUAAUUAACCGUAUGUCUGUAUAUUUUGUUGAUCUUUGAUUGAUAAUUGUCUUAUUGCUGAUAUGGGCAUUCAUUCAUUUCAACAACUUAAUGUUAAUAAUCAGAUAUGUUAUCUAUUGAUUAAUCUUAACUGUAUGCCAUGCACUUAUUGUCACUGCUCUUCCACAUGUCAAAUAUGUCUUGCAUAACAAAACAAGUAACCCAAAUUUGACAAUUUGACCACUUUGUUCAUUUUUAUUGCCAUGUGAUGUAAUUAGUCUAGCUAUUUAAUUGAAAACAUUGAAUUAAUUAUGAUUAUCAAUUCAUUAAAAGCACUUAUUGUUCUGAUCCAACAACAACAAA